GUUAAUUUUAGCCAUUCAGACCGGUGUGAGGUUGCUGACGGAGCUGGAGUCCCCUUCUUGGUGGCCCUUUAGCUCCAAGCUUUGGAAGAUGCCAGCAGAAACAACGUCCAAGGGGGGCACCUCAAUGGCUAGUCCCAAAGCUCUUGGAAAAGAAGGGGUAGUGGUCCAAACUCCUGCUGUUAUCUCCCAGGGAACAGCAUCUCAUGUUAAAGCAGGAAGUCUUACCAUCCUUGUGUCCGGGUUGGAAAUCCAUGACUCGAGUUCUUUGCUCAUGCACAGAUUUGAAAGAGAAGAUAUAGAUGACAUUAAGGUUCACACACCUUUUGAAAUUAGCAUCCUACAACGGUUCAUCGGGAAGCCGGACAUAGCUUAUCGCCUGAUAUCCACCAAGAUGCCCGAGGCUGUCCCCAUUUUGGAGGUGCAGUUCAGCAAGAAGAUGGAGUUGUUAGAAGGUGGCUUGACACCCGGAAGUGCCAGCACGUCUUCCCCAGCAGAGAAGGGCUGCUAUGUCUGGCAGGUGGGUGAGUGCGCGUCGGUCUCCAGGGGCGCGGCCUGUGGUACACCGUUAACGGGCUGCGUCGCUGAUAGCAUCUGCUGGUUCUGUGCACCAGUGCAGACUGUCCGUUUGUUUGUAAAUGAGAACACUUCAGACCGUUUUCCUCAAUACCUGCGACCUCAGACUGUGUGAGUCCCGGAGCACGGGUGUAUCACACACUGGAGGGCUGUGUGGGUUUCCUCUGAGCUCAGCAAGGCUCGGUGGCACUUUCAGAACAGAGGAAGGCUCCACGGUAGGCGAUUCCCCCUUUCCUCUGUGUGACUCAGGGCACCUAGCUGCCCACCCUGGUGGGUGUCCAGUCCCUCCACCCCUGACCUUGGCAUCAGUCUGGGUCAUCCCAGCCCGCCUUCCAGGGACAUGUUUAGGAAUCAGAAUCUCUGAAAACUGCAGCAUAGUUUUUGUGGGUUUGCAGGCCUCCACUGUUGGUUAGGCGUGCUGUCCUCCGAGUGUCUCUGGGGAGCA